CAUAGCUUCAACUGGUAUUUGAUACUCCUCAGUCCUCAUAGCUGAAUGGCGGCAAUUGGCGUAUAGAUGACACUGCUCUCUAUACGACCAUUUAAUCGGAAAUCAAAUUGAUUUAUUUUAUAUAAAAACAGAAAAAAUAUAUAAAUAUUCGUAACGUUUUACUAUCGCUCGUAAGCCCUAUUUUAGUAGGCACUAUUUUUUAGUUUUAAAAAACCAGUGGCAGAUGUGAUUUUAAGUGUGAAUGAAAAAAUAUCAUGCAGAUGGAUGGUUUUGGUGAUUCUUUAAAUUCUGGACCUCAAUCAGCAGCCCAAUAUGCAAAUGGAUCAGUUCUUGAUAGAGUCACUCCGGAUAUGGCUCAUUUGGUCAAUCCCUAUUGGAGUCGAUUUCCACCCAUGGACACAAUGUGGAAUCAAAUUCUUGGAAUUUUCACCUUUAUCAUUAUGGUCAUAUCUUGUGUGGGCAAUGGUCUGGUUGUUUACAUCUUCGGAGGAACAAAAUCCCUACGCACGCCUGCAAAUCUUCUCGUCAUCAACUUGGCCUUCUCGGACUUUAGCAUGAUGCUAACGCAGUCACCCAUCAUGAUUAUCAAUUUCUACUACGAAACCUGGAUUCUUGGACCAUUCAUGUGCGACUUCUAUGCCUUGUGUGGCUCAAUGUUUGGCUGCAUUUCGAUAUGGUCCAUGUGCAUGAUUGCCUUUGACAGAUACAAUGUAAUAGUGAAAGGCGUCUCCGGCACACCCAUGACCAUCAAGCUGGCUACCAUGAAAAUUCUGGGUAUUUGGACGUUUGCAACUCUGUGGACAGUAACACCCAUGCUUGGCUGGAGUCGUUACGUUCCAGAAGGAAAUUUGACCGCAUGCAGCAUCGAUUAUAUGACAAGAGACUGGAAUCCCAGAUCCUAUCUCAUCACGUAUUCCUUGUUCGUUUACUACACGCCAUUGUUUCUCAUCUGUUUCUCCUAUUGGUAUAUCAUUGCGGCUGUUUCGGCGCACGAGAAGGCAAUGCGGGAACAGGCCAAGAAGAUGAACGUUAAAUCCUUGCGAUCCUCGGAGGACACUGAAAAGAGUGCCGAAGCCAAGCUGGCGAAAGUGGCUUUGACAACCAUAUCACUGUGGUUCGCCGCAUGGACACCGUAUCUGGUGAUAUGCUAUUUCGGAUUAUUCAAAAUAGAUGGCCUUACCCCAUUUGCAACCAUUUGGGGUGCCACACUAGCGAAGUCUAGUGCUGUUGUUAAUCCCAUUGUUUACGGGAUAAGUCAUCCGAAGUAUCGAAUUGUACUUAAGGAAAAAUGUCCUUGCUGUGUGAGUGAGGAAAAGGCACCACCUGCUGCUGCUGCUUCUGCUGAAAAUGGUGAUACCAAUACUGAAGCUGAAAGCAAGGCGUAAAUUAAAUCAAGGCUUGCUAUUAAUUUUUAAAAUAUGUAGGAGUGCUCGUAGUUAUUGUGGAAGUUAAAGAAAAUUGAUUCAAUAUCCAAAGGGGAUACAAAAAUACAAAAAAAAAAUAUAUAUGUAUAUUAAUUUUGCAACCCAAAUAAAACAUGUGGAGAUUAUUUGAAGUUUCUUUUGAAUA